CGGAAAUGUAAACGCAAACAACAGUGGAAAGUGUUGUCGAGCAGAAAGUGAACUAUAGUUGUUUAUUCCCUCAGUUAUAGUUGACGUAGUUGUUUAUUUUUUUUUGUUGUUGUUUGUUUUAGACGGAUUAGGGGAACUCUUCACAGAUUCAAUGAGUUUGUCGCGUCGAGCUUCAUCCAGCUGAUAGCGAGUGUUAGCCACAGAGCUAGUCCUGCCACGCUAGCGGUGGAGCUUUGGGUUAGCAGCGAUGCCUCAGGAGGGAGAGCAGUCUCUGCCUCUGGUUCGAUCCCUGAACAGCCGAGUACCCGUUCAUACCGUCUUUUAUAACCGCAGUCCUCGUGUGGUUCGGCCGCUGUGGAUUGAUUACCGCGGGGAUCCGCAGCCAUACCCCGACGUACAGCCUGGUACUGGACGAAGAAUCACCACUUUCAUCGGUCACCCAUGGGUCUUCCGAGAUGCAGAAACCGAUGAGCCUCUGAGGGUGAACUGCAAAGAGCUGUUUCUUGCCAAACCAGUUGAGGGUGAAAAUCUCAUGAUAGCACAUAUAACUUUACCAGUGUUUAGUCUCAAGGAUCGUGCUCUUCAGGUCAUUCGGCGUCUUGUACGUCCAGAGGACUACAGGAGGCUGGAAAUAGCUCGUUGCCUCCAUGAGGAGCUUGAAGAUCGUCCAUGUGUACUUAAAGACCUCCACCUCAUGAAUCAGCGCGUCGAGCAGCAUCUGCUGGAAAGGAUCCAAGGGCAGGAGGAGUGAGGCCUGAAAUGGUCCACAUCUUUACUACAUAUAUGGAGCAUAAGACAGGACUGCAUACUCACUUGAAGAAAAGAGUACAGGAUCUAUCUUCAGAGAUGAUUUACAGCUGCUACCAGUAGUUGCUGUUAUAUUCAUGCUGGCAACAGCAUGAUGAUCCACCGAGUUAUCAUUGAGAAAUACAAUAGUUUUAUAUCCAAACUAACAGAUGGGACAUUUGAUGUCGAGCUGUCUUUUGACAGUAGCCUGAGGAAAGUUGAUGAAUGUGAUUUGUAAAUAGAAAGCGGGAUGGGUUGAUUGAUGGGUGUUUCCAUGGAGCCAUGUUCAUUCACAGUUAAUUGCCCUGAAUGAUAGCAAUUUCACAAUGGCUCCUGUAAGUAUAUUGGGUGGUUCCCCUCCUCUCAGUAUCACAGUAAAUGGCUCAAGUAAAGUUGAAAAGCGUGUAUUUUCACAUUGAUAUACAUUUUGUAAACAUAUACGCUGGUAAUAUAUAGUUUCAAAUGCCUAUCUUUAUUUUUGUUCUUUGCACAGACUGAUCUCACUUUUUCUUCUGCGAGCUAGUUAUAGCAGUGAAAUAUUCAGCAAGAUUUAGUUUGGAUUCUUUGAAUUUGAAACGUGAAUGCGGUAUUCAAGCUGUGUUGAUCAGACCGUCUUAACUGGAACUGAUUUCUUUGUUGGCUGACCAGAAAAGCACGUUUUUCUAUGAUCCAAAACAGUAAAGGAUUAGACUGCGAGACUGACUUAAAAGGCCCUGCUUUUGCCAUUAAUUGUUUUUGUUUUGUUUUGGACAUGUACUUUACUACUGUUUCCUAUACUUAAGUUGUUAAUAUGUACAAUAGUUCAUUAAAGGAUAUUUUUCUCAGUGAUUAAA